AUGGCGACGCCGCAGCCGCACAAGACGGCGUCGACGCACAGGUCGGCCGUCGCCCGUGGCGCGCACCAGCUCGACAUAUUGGGCUACAGCACGCGGAGCAAGCUCGGCGUCCGCAACACCGUCAGGUCCCGCACCUUCGACGCCGGCGGCUUCUCCUGGGCCCUCGUCUGCCGCUUCACCGCGAACCCCGCGCGAGCGCGAGGCGUGACCCUGGCGUCCAUCGCCCUGGAGCUGUUCCGGAAUGAAAGCGACGAGGCAGUUGUCGCCGCCGCCAGCGUCCGGAUCGACGACCCCGCCGGCUCCGGCCGCUGGCUGGCCGCCGAGUGGCGGAGCGCGGAGGCACACACCUUCCCCGCCUGGUCCAGGAGCGCCUUCGCCUGGGAGCUCACCGUCCCCGAUUCGUUCGUGCGGCACGAGGAGCGCUACGUCAUGGACGACUGCCUCACCGUGCACUGCGUCGUCGACGUCCUCAAGGAGGAGGAGUCCGCCGAGGGGGCCACGAGGAAGUACACGGUCGCCGUGCCGCCGCCGCCGAGCCUCUCCCAGGACAUCCACAGGCUCUGGGAGGAGAUGUGGCGGCCGGACGUGACAUUCACCUUCACCAUUGACGACGCCAGAAUCCAGGCACACAAGCUCGUGCUCGCCGCACGGUCGCCGGUCUUCGCCGCCAGUUCUUCCGUGGCGACGACAUGA